UCUCUUUCUCGUCCUCUCCUCUUCUGUUAGACCAGGUUAAUCCGGCUAAUGAGCGUAUGCUAGGCGGUAAUGGUGCAGAUGGAGCCAUUCAUGAUGCUGCUGGGCCACAGUUGAGAGCAGCAUGUUAUGAAGUCCCAGAAGUUAUUCCUGGAGUCCGUUGUCCCACCGGAGAAGCAAGAAUCACACCAGGUUUCAACUUGGCGGCAUCUCAUGUGGUUCACACUGUUGGCCCAGUCUAUAAUGCCGAGAAGAAUCCUAAGAAACUCUUAAAAAAUGCCUACAGGAACAGUCUAAGAGUGGCUAAGGAGAACAACAUCCAGUAUAUUGCAUUUACGGCCAUAUCUUGUGGAAUUUUCAGAUAUCCUUUGGAUGAAGCUGCGUCUAUAGCUAUCUCCACGGUUAAGGAGUUCGGUAAAGAUUUCAAAGAUGUACAUUUCGUUAUGUUCAGCGAUGAUACAUACACGAUGUGGGUGAACAAGGCAAAAGAGUUGUCACCACCUUCGUCGCAACAAGACCGAAGCUCCUCAUCCACUUCGUCCAAGACAAUCAAAACUGGAUUCCUCAGUAAACUCAACUGCUUUUCCUAAAUGUUUUAGGAAAAACAGAUCUCAUCUCAUCAUGUAGAAAACUUGUAUCCCCUUCUCAUACUCUCAUCAAACAAUAAGGGCAAGCUUUGAGAAAGAAAAUAAAUUGUGCAACUCUUUUAUAAAGUCCUUCAUUGAGUA